GGCUGAGCCGAGUCCUCUUUUAGCAGCAGCGGGCACAGGAGUACCAGCAGCAGCCCCAGGGACGCGCGGGACCCAGCGACUCAGAGCGCACGGGGAUAGCUGGUGCUGGCCGUACCACCUCUUGGGCGCACAAAGCUCCAUCCCUCUGAGAGGAGUUGAUGCUGGCAUCACCCCCGCCGCCACCGCCACCACCUCCGCGGAAGCCAGUGCUGAUGGAUGCUGGGGAGUGCCGCAUUGCUUAGCGUCCCCGCCUCCGGGUUUGCUGGCACAUCCUUCAGCAGGGACCGCCGCAGCAUCACAGCGCUGGGGCUGAGAUGUGCAUGGGGGUUGUUUUCCUUACAUCUUGCAAGACAAGAGAAGAAGACCGAACCAAGACCCGAAGCGUCCAUGCUAAGUGGAAUUAGGCUUUCUUUCUUUUUCUUUCUUUCUUUCUUGUUUUUUAAUUCGGAGAGGUAAAGGACAAGAGGUAGGUCUGCAGGGCCUUCCCAGAGGCUCGCUUCUCAUGGGAGGCUUUGUUUUUUAGGAGGCUGCGGUUAGAAGUUUAGAUACUCUCCAGAAAAGCUGUGGAGGAAAGCAGGAGCAACAGGGUACUUGACUGAACACUAAGAGGAACCAUUUCCUGUACCGGAAACGAGGCAGACAGCAACUAGGAGAACUGGGGGCUGGAGUGUGGUGUGGCGGUGCCAAGGGCCAGGUGUGUUGUUGGACACACAAGGAGAGCUGCAGAGAGGACACCCUGGGCACAAGGGAACAAUGACUCAUUUGCAAGCUGGUCUCUCUCCUGAGACCCUAGAGAAAGCUCGCCUGGAACUCAAUGAGAACCCAGAUACUCUUCACCAGGACAUCCAGGAGGUGAGGGACAUGGUCAUCACUAGGCCAGACAUUGGCUUUCUGCGCACGGAUGACGCUUUCAUUUUACGCUUCUUGCGGGCCAGGAAGUUUCAUCACUUCGAGGCUUUUCGCCUCUUGGCCCAGUACUUUGAGUAUCGGCAGCAGAACCUGGAUAUGUUCAAAAGCUUCAAGGCUACUGACCCUGGCAUCAAGCAGGCACUGAAGGAUGGCUUUCCUGGGGGCCUGGCCAAUCUGGACCACUAUGGGAGGAAGAUUCUAGUCCUUUUUGCUGCCAACUGGGACCAGAGCAGGUACACACUGGUGGAUAUUUUACGAGCCAUCUUACUUUCUUUAGAAGCCAUGAUUGAAGAUCCUGAGUUGCAAGUAAAUGGAUUUGUUUUGAUAAUAGACUGGAGUAACUUUACCUUCAAGCAAGCCUCUAAGCUUACGCCAAGCAUGCUGCGACUUGCCAUUGAAGGUCUUCAGGACAGCUUCCCUGCAAGAUUUGGAGGAAUUCAUUUUGUCAAUCAACCUUGGUAUAUCCAUGCCUUGUACACUGUGAUCCGGCCUUUCCUGAAGGAGAAGACUCGGAAAAGGAUAUUUCUGCAUGGUAACAACCUGAACAGUCUACACCAACUAAUUCAUCCUGAGAUCUUGCCUUCUGAGUUUGGAGGAAUGUUGCCGCCAUAUGACAUGGGGACAUGGGCAAGAACCCUGCUAGACCAUGAGUAUGAUGAUGACAGUGAGUACAACGUGGACUCCUAUAGUAUGCCUGUGAAGGAAAUAGAAAAGGAACUCUCCCCCAAAUCCAUGAAGAGGUAUGCUACAGAUCAACUGGGAAGUGGAUCACAAUCAGUAGUGGACCCCACAGCACUAAAGCGCAUGGAUAAAAGUGAAGAAGAAAACAUGCAGCCUUUACUUUCUCUGGACUAAGAAUUUCUCUUUCUCCACCUCUGCCCCACGGAUUAGAAACGGGAGGUACUGGCUUCAUCAACAGGGACAGCACUGUGGCAUUUACCUGCUGGAAAACCUUACUCAUGUUAAUGUAGCAUAAUGCAUAAGGCAUCUGGCUUUCACAUUUGCCUAAACCAUGGGUGCCCCGGGCUAGAUUUUAAAAAGUCAAUAAUUUAUUCUGUAAGUGCCAAGUUCUUUGUAAAUACAAUAUAGUCUUCACAUCAAGUUUGUAAAUUUUGGUAGUAAUUUAACUUGGGAAAGAUUGACUCACAAGUUUGAGCCAGUGAUGGACCAUAAUAAGAAGCAUAAAGACACAUACACUAUGAAAUUUAAUUAUGUGUAUUCAUGUUUCCUAUGAAGCCAUAUUUCUGCUAUCAUAGUGAAUUGUUUCAUUGUCUCUCUCUGAAACACUGUCAAUAUUCAAGCAUACUUUGGGCACGGUAGCAAUUAUUCCAGGAAAUUGUUAUGAUUAAUGUUUUCCUGUUUAGUGGUUUUCAUUUCAGAGGAAGCAUUCUAGAAUUAUCCCUGACAGCAUUCUGAAGAAAAACAGUGGAUGAUGAGCUGGUGAACAAAACAUCUUGAGCUCUUCUCUGUUGUGUGAUUCAGAGUCUUGCAAGAAAAUGUGUUUCCCCAUUCAAGAUGUGGAAUUCUGAUAAAGAAUGGAUAUUUGUCUAUAUUGCUGUCUUUUCAACGUUCCCUUUACUUCAGUGUCUCAUUGUAAUCCUUGUUUGAUGUACUAUAGAACAUUUUCAUACAAACUUUAUUGACCCAGAAGAUCAGAAUUAGUUCCUGAGUAAUUUUGACAGCCAAUUUUGAACACAAAGUUUAUCACUUAUAGAUAGGAGUCUAAUUUCAAAUAAUUGUGCACUUGUUGAAACAUAUAAAUAUUCGCACACCACAUAUAUAUUUUUAUUGAGUUCUAAUAAAUUCUUAAUAUAACAGGCUUUGAGAUGUCAUGGAAAAAUGACUUUUAGUGAAGUAAAUAAAAAUGAGAACGUGAGGUAGACUUCAGGGAACUUAUCCAAGGGAUUCUAAUAUAUCAUAAAAUUAUCAAGUACCUUAUUGAAUGUGAUUUUUUCCUUUUAGGACACAACAAAUCUCAAUAUAGAAUAGAUACCAGGCAAUGAAAAGAAAGAGUUUUUUUAAAUUUAAUUAUCAUGCUGUUCUUUUAUGCUCACAUUUUCUUUUGAGAAAAGAUUAAAAGUACAUGACAUCAGACAGAUAUAAUGAGAGUGUUGGAGAGCAUCUAAGACAGCAUGUAACAGUUUAAGUCAAGACUCAGAUUUGUGUAUGAUUUAAAGUUUUAUUUCAUAAUUUGCAUAAUUAUAGCCUAUGUUAAACAUCUUGAUUUAAAUUUCUAAUUCCUGUGUAGAAAGGCAAGAUUUUUAUCACUCUCCUGGUAUGAUGAAUCUUGAAAUUGAGAAUUUACCAUUAGUCUUUCAAAAAGAAAAUAACUCCUACAACUUUUGGAAAUCAGUGUAAGUGAAGGCAUGUAACAGCUUUGACAUACACAUUAGCCAAAAACUUAAAAAAUCCAGUUAUAAUUAUGCAGCCCCCCCAAAUCUCAAAGUUCAAUCACACACCAGUCUGCAGCAACAUGGACUGCCUAAUGCUUAUAAAAUUACAAAGAUUAUGAAUUUUUGAAACAUGCUUUAUACCUCUAAAGAUACUUUAAGAAUGACAACUUUUAUUUGAGUGUAGAAUAAUAGUGAUGGUCUGGGUACUCUGUCCAUCCUUGUGGCAGAGAUGGAAACAAAAUGGGGAAUAAGAACUAGGGCAAUUCUAUUAGAUAAUAACUGAUGUAUCAAUGUUUUUGUCUACUUGACAUAGAUUCUAUAGCCCUGGACUUUCCUCAUGUUAUAAACAUACAUCAGGCAGAAGGCAUUGAAAUAAAAUAAGAAUAAUGUAAGCAUAGACUACCAAUGUCAUUCUCUUGACAUCCAUAGUUUGUUGACAGUUUUCAGAGUUCUACCAGCUUCAGAUGUCAUCCAGCAUGGCCAGCAUCCUUCUCCUACCAUAAAGUCUCUGUCACAUAAAAAUAGCUAGUAUCAUCCACAUUCUCUCCUAAUGCCAUAUUUGGAAAAUUCUCAUUGACACUGCCAAGCGUCUGCUCCUCUUUAAAUGAGCAACUGAAAGUUGGCUAGAUGGUGUAUAAUAUUUAAAAAAAUGAUAGAACAAAUUAAAACAAUGAUGCCUUUUAAUUUUCUAGCAAUGAUUCUGAAGCUGCUUAAUCAAGGGGUAUUUAUUCAAAUUUAUAAAUUUUCCCUUCAAAACUAGCUAAAGCAAUGUUUAGGCAAAUUUUUCCUAUUGUAAUGUUUUACAUUGUGUAGCAGUGUUUAUGGUACAUGCUCCAGUAAAUAAGCAUUUCCACUGUUCUUUCACACUAGAUGGUUCCGAUGGAUUCUCCUCUUCACUUUGAAUCCUGUAUUUUGCGAUUUAAAUGGUCUCAUGGAUUGACAUUUAUGAGCGUUUACAAGAUACCACAUCAGUUUGGAAUUUUCCAGUUGACUACUGUUCUCUACUUUUUAAAAAAUGGUGCUGGGUGUGUCACCCAGGCCUGAGUGUGCAGGCAGGUGCUCUACCUCUGAGCCCUACGCCAAAUUCCUGCUUAAUGUUUUCACUUUGUCUGUCCCUUCUUUUUGUUCUUUCAGUUAUUUUAAGAACAGCAGCUUCCAGAACUGGUUUAACAAUAAAGAACUCUUGUCAUGUUCUCAGCAACACAUUUUGUUGGCUACUAUAUAAGAUAAUAUCACAACAUAGACGCUAAGGGAUAUGAAGAAGUGCCUGUUUAGAAUAAAACAUUGGUAAUGACACACCCAAUUUAUUUACACUCGCUUCCAAAAAAACAAACCCCAUAUUCUUCGGUAUUAUAAGGAUAACCUUUGAAGAGGGAUAUUUAGGGGUGUGGCUUGACAAUUUUCACACAGGAUUGUUUGUUGUGAAAGAUCAAUGCAGUAAACAUCAAUCCUAGCUAUUCAAAACAGAGCACUAUGUCAAAACAGCAUAGAGGUAGAGUUAGUUCUUCAGGCAAAUUGUUGCAAUGGAUAUGCAUGAUUUUAUUUCAGCAAUAGUUUGCAUUUGUGUGGUCAGAAGCAUUCCAUAAGCCAUUUCAUAGAAAAUGCUUGUUUACACUAUUAAAAUUUUCAUAUCCCUAAAGAAAAAACAAUGUAAGAUGUUAUGUUUAAUAUGGGUAUGUAGGUCACAUAGUUAAACCAAGCAUUUAAGGUUUCUGUAACCUUCCUAAGGGAACAGAAUGGAUUGCAUAGCACCACAAAGGGGGGAAUCAUUUUAGGUUUCACGUUACAAGGAAACCUUUAGAGCCAUGGCAGGCUGUUUGUAUUUCUACACACAACUUCAAGUUUAUUGCCAGACCCGUGGUCCUUUAAGGAUAUUUUAUUAAGUAAAUAUGAGAGACUUAAUACUUGUGCUGCUUUAUUAAAACUGGUUGGUUGGGUUGGUUCACAGUAUACCUUCUGUUGAGUACAUAUUUAUUAAUGAUCCCUUAGGAAGUUGCCCUGGGUCAUUUGAAAAAGAUUCUCAACAUAAACAGUAAAAUGACCCAAACCCAGCAUGUGCUAUUUCAACUUUUAGGUGAUAUGGUAUUGAUAUUUAACAUCAAUAGGCCACAGGCAGACAUUCCAGUUUAGACCUGCUAUGUGCUCUUCAAACCAUUUAGAUUGCAAUAGGAAGAGGCACACAUGGGAAAAACCAGAUUUUUCUUAUAUUCAGGUGAGGCAAAUAGCUUCUCAUAUUCUAUUGUAAUGAUUGGUCAUCGCUCAGCACUUUAGAUUGGGUGAGUGGGUAGAAAUACAAACAGACGUUUGCUUUGUGGUAUUUUAGUUCACUGCCUUUAUGGUCUGGAGAUGAGCUUUCAGGCAUCCACAAUUUCAGUUUAUAAAAAACUGGAGGUUAGUUAGUUCCACACAUAAUGCUAUGAAGUUUGUUAUUUGUGAAAUAUGGGAAGGAAUCCACCUAGACUGUAGAAAGUCAUAAACUUGCAUUUCUUUGUAGAGAAAUGCUGAAAUUGGACCCUUUGUUCAAAGGAGUACCAAUGCUACUGUAGAAAUAAAAGUCAUUUAGAAACCAAAUAGUCACAGCUAUGAUAACUGCAUUUUACAGCAAGGGUUAGGAAAUGUUGACAGUGUAGGCAUUUGUCAGGGUUUGACAUAGUUUUAGGUCUUGAUGCAAAUAUUUCUGUCCUUUUUGCUUUCAGAAUUCUUGAUUAGGUAAACAUUAUUUUUGAGUAAAAUAGACCUAGAGAAAACCUAACAAAAAUUUAACAACAUGUUUAGAAUGAACCAGUCCCCAACUAUUUCGAAAAAUCCCAAUGAUCUAAAAACAUAACUGAUUUACAUAUCACAGAUUCAAGCCAUUGUCUUUUUUCUGAUUUUGUUUUAGAUUUUUGUGUCACUGCAUGAUGUUUUUAAGUUGCAAGUUUUAUAAUGAACUUAAAAUAAAGCUUAAAAACUAAAAAUAAAUAAAGCUAAAAAUAUACAAUAUUUGUCUCCAAAGUUCCCAUAAUAUCUAAAGCAAAAUUAUACAAGUGUUUCAAAAGUACCAAACACUAUGUUAUUUGGCUUAAAUGUAAUAAUUACUGCUUUAUAUAUUGCUUGUGUUCCAUUACACAUUAUUUGCUGUUUGAUCUCUUGAGAGAGUUCUUUGUGGCAAUGCAUCAUGAUUAAAUGUAUUUCUUACAUUCUAAGAGACUGGAAUUUUUGCUGGACUUCAUAAAGUUAAUAGAAUACUUGAGGUCACUGAAGAUUUAUGACUGCUAUCCUACUGUGUAUUCAGCCUGUUGGUUUAAUUUUCUCUUAAGAGAACAAUGUAACAAUCAACCUUACUUGCCUUGGAUUUCCCAUGGAAUAACCUUUUCUAACCUAAGAUAAUGCAUAGCUGUUAUCUUAAUUUAUGUACUCUUCCAUUACCCUCCCUAGAACAGCACAUGUGUAUCAUUUGCUGAAAGCAACAAAUACAGAGGUUGAAAACAAUCUUCUAAAAUGAAUAUUCACCAUAAAUGUUGAACAUAAAUUUGGAUAUUGGUUGCAAACCAA